CAAUUCCAGAAGCACACCAGUAGAUGAGAUCAGUUGUUUUCUGUUUAGUUCUCGAUGUGUCACUUUUUUACUGUCGCCCGCCGAUUUAUUCUCGGCAUGUGAGUGUUCUCGGCCGAAAUUCGUCAUGAGGCCCGUCAUUGACUUUGAAGAGUGCCUUAGGGAUUCACCCAAGUUCAGGUCAGACUUGGAAGAGCAGGAAAAGAUCAUCGAGAAUUUGGAGCAGAAGUUGGACAAAGUUCUUAAAACAUGUGGUGCUAUGGUUGACUCUGGGAAAACGUAUGUCGGCAACCAAAGUCAAUUCGCUAUCAGCCUGCGAGAGCUAUGUGUCCACUUUGGUCAAGGUCAAGACACAGAAAUUGUGACUCCAGUGACCAAAAUCAUCCACUCGCUGCAAGAAAUGAAUAAGUUCCACACCAUUCUCUUAGAUCAGGCUUCCAGGACAAUUUUGAAGAGCUUGAACGAUUUAAUUAAAAAGGACAUAAAAUCAAUCAAAGACUCCAAGCAUCACUUUGAAAAGAUCUCAAGCGAGUACGACGCUUGCGUGGUUCGAAACUCGCAAGCUUCCAAAAAUAAACUCCAAGAAGCAGAGGACUGCAUUAACAUGUUGAGUGCCAUCCGCUCGGGCUUCCAGUAUGAGACUCUCAACUAUAUUCAGAGCCUCAGUCUGCUCAACAGCAGGAAAAAACACGAAAUUCUUGGCACACUAUUGUCCUAUAUGCAGGCGUGCAGCACUUACUACCACCAAGGGUCUGACCUUUGUGAAGACUUGGAACCAUUCUUCAAGAAACUGGGAGAGGAUGUGACAAGGAUGAGAGCAGACUCUGGCAAACUUGAAAAGGAGAUGAACAACAUGCAUGCGUUGGUCAGUGGCAAGGAGAAAAUUCCUGCUGAAGGAAUGUCUGGAUAUUUAUUCAAGAGAACAUCGAAUGCCUUCAAAACUUGGAACCGCCGCUGGUUUUGGCUCCAUGACAAUCAGCUUGUUUAUAGGAAGAGAACAGGUGAAGACACUUUUACCGUGAUGGAGGAAGAUCUUAGACUAUGCUCUGUGCGACAAGUCCCAGACAAUGAGCGGCGAUUUUGUUUCGAGGUUAUUUCGCCGAACAAGAGUCAUAUUUUACAAGCAGACUGUGAGGAAAUGCUGCAAGCGUGGGUGUCUGCUCUGCAGCAGGGUAUUGGCGCCGCCUUCCAGAGAACCCUUCAAGGUGAAAUGAAGCCUCUGGGACAGUCAAGCAACACCAAUUCUCCAUUAACUAAGCCACGACCUCAGCGACCACCACUCCCUGACGAACCUAAGAAACUUAAAAUGUGGGAAAUCAUUGCAAAAAUUCCUGGCAAUACGGCUUGUUGCGACUGCGGUAGCCCAAAUCCGCAGUGGGCCAGCAUCAACCUGGGCGUCACCCUGUGCAUAGAUUGCUCUGGGGUGCAUCGAAGCCUGGGCGUUCACUACAGCAAAGUUCGAUCUCUGACCUUGGAUGAUUGGGAGCCGGAAAUUGUAAAGGUCAUGGCCGAGUUGGGCAAUACCAUUUUCAACAAGGUUUAUGAAGCAAAUGUCCCAGAGGAGAACACGAGGGCAACUCCAAACUGUUCAGGUGGAAUUCGAGAGGCGUGGAUUAAGGCGAAAUACGUGGACAAACUGUUUGUAAAACAACUGGACACGCACACUCGAUCACGGCAGGGCAACCCAACCGUGCGGAAGUGGAGCGUGCGUAAACUGCGUCGUCGGCCUCGCAGCCUGGACGGUGCACGAAAACUGGCGCGAAGCAAACCAGUCAAAUUGCGACCUACGACCGAGGAAGUGGUCCCGUCGUCCCCCUCUUCCUCGGAGCCGAUUGAGAAGGCCGACUUUGAGCCUUCAGAAAAGACCGAAGUGCUGCUCUUUGGCCAGAGCCUAGUGGACAGGCAGAACUUGGCCAUGGAAGAGCCAAUCGACCUGAGCAGCGGCGAAGACUCGACUGCGGGCGACGAUGACGAUGAUAUUGUCUUAGAGGAGGAUAUUUCCACUCUACACCCUGACCGACUUCUCUACAGGGCGGCGCAGGCCCACAACCUGCCUGUAAUGUGCGAAGCAUUGGCUCUGGGCGCAGACAAACUGUGGAUCAACAUCGAGGACAACGCGCGCACCGCCAUUCAUCAGGCCGUCCUCAGUGGAUCUGUCAUGGCAUGUGAAUACCUUAUCGUCAAUGGGGCCAAAAUCAACGUGCAGGACCAGGACGGGAAAACACCGUUGCAUCUGGCUGUUGAGCUAGGUCACACAGCCCAAGUUCUGCUGAUGCUGAAACACAAUGCUGAUCAAAAUAUCAAAGAUGCUCACGGGCAAGAAGCAGUGACUAUUGCUGUCCAGAAAGCCAAUGCUGAUAUAGUUACACUACUUCGACUUGCUUCCCUGAAUGAGCAGAUUCGCGAGUCUGAAAGCGGCUCGCGUGGUGAUGACACUUUCAAUGAUGUGGUUCGCGACUUCUCCCUCAUGGCGUACAACCAUCCUGAAAGGCUGCAGCGCAACACCAAUGGAGACCUUGUCUCCGCUCCUCCAGAAAGCACAGACGAUGCAAGCUAAGUGAUGCGAUUUCCUGUAUAAUUUCUUAAAUUGCCAAAAUAUUACGCUGGAUAUUGGAAAGCAGUGGUAAUUAGAUGGUUCUAUAUAUUUUGAUAGCAUUUACAUGUCGCGUAAAAAUAUAUUCUUCGCGCUUGAAUAGAAAGUAGCAGACAAGGAAGUGAAGGGCAAGUCAAAAGCAUUCCCAAAAAUGUCUAAAGAACCUCACGAGGAUGGCUCCUUUUUUAAUCUUAGAUCUGAGUUUUAUCUUUUAUUGUUAUAAUCACUGUGAUGCUACCAAACUCUUUUACUAAUCCCUAUAUUAACUGCUGCUUUUAAAACACGCAUUCCGUUUAACUGUAUUGUUAGUUAUCAUUCAAAAAUAUAUACAUGACCAUUGAAA